AUGGCGUGCAACAGCUGGGAGAAAUUGUGCAAGGCUCAGCGCGAUUACCCCAAACCGAAGUUCGCAGAUUCCUUCGUGCAAAAGUCGCUCAAGAAGACACCCAAAAACCCAUUUCUCCUGGCAUGGAAAGCUCGUCUAGGUCUCACACUCAACCAUGGACACAACGAUGUUGUAAAUCUAGUCCAACAGGCCUGGGAACAGCCAGGAGUAGAUGAUGUUCGACUGCUUUCCUACCUAUACCAAAUCCUAGCGGAGGUAACGCGGAGAGACCAGGGUAACAACCUUAACAUCAGCGGAGUGGGCGACGGCAACCUCAAAGUUUGGCAACGUGCUGCGAAAUCGUUGGGCCGUAAAGAAGAUCGUCAAGAACUCUGGUCUGCCUUGGGCAAAGUAUCAUUGGCUGAGGAAUGCUGGGAAGACUUCCGCCUGGCUGUCUUUCACUACAGCAAGGAGACUAAGGAUAGCACUGGAUCAGUGUCAGCGAAGAAGCAUGCUCAUUUCACGCAAAUACUUGCUAUUCAACUCGCUGCCGAACAGCAGCGCGGACUUCCAUCAGGCGAGGUGAAAAGUAAGCUACAAUCUGACCUGGCUCGUAGACUCAUGAAGCAAGCAUACGAGGCGGCUCCUGAUGACCCGAUCGCAUUCAAAGAUAUACGCGAUCUACGCUUCAUGGGUGAGAUUUUCGCGCGGCAAGGCAAAUGCAAUGAGCUGUUGGAGUACUGGGAUCAGCCGCCUGCAGCCCUCCAGGACCUGAUGACCAGGCACCAGGGUGAUUUGUGGGAUAUGAGAAUCAGGCUUCCAAAAAACAGUGGAGAGUGGUCUCUGCUUGAAAGUCAGUGUCUUGCGUAUAUUGAGCGUGUGAUAUCGCACCAAGAAAGCCUUCGAGAAACUUGCGCCUGGAGGCAAGAUGUUUGGACAAGUUUGCUACAAGCCGCGCGAGCAACACGUGUCAAGGACGAUAGCAUUCGCCUUAUCUCCGAUGUCAUACGCCGCACUUUCAAGCCGGAUGAAUUCCAACCCCAGGACCGUAGCCUAAGAUUGGCGUACAUGAAACUUCGUCAGACUGUCGUCCCAGGGACUAUGAUGUUAGCCGACUGUGAGGCUUACUGGAAAGCCCAUGCGAAUCUCAUCACAUGUUAUGCGGACAUCCGUCCGUUUGUGGAAGCAUUGAGUAGAGAAGACCGUCACGCGUUUUCAAAUUUUGUGGACGCGGAAUGGAAGGAAAUAUUCAGGUUGUCGGAGGAAAAGAAGUAUCCGUACCAAGACGCGGUUACCUAUCACGGAAACCGCCUGAAGCUAUCCUAUCUCCUGUGGAUAUCACUGACGACAAAGCCGAGUUUGAAAUGGCAGGAUUAUAUGGAAGUGCCUUUGUCUAUCGCAUUGACAGCCCCCUGGUUACGCUCUCCCAAGUCUUCAGAAGGUAUCGUCGGAAUCUACAUCCUCCUCCAGAUGCAUCGUAACGCUAUGCAUAACAAAGAAGAUGCUCAUCCUUUCGGAACAACGCCAAAUUCGCGACUCCUCCUUCAAGCUACGAUGCUCGCACGUCAUCUGGUGGCUUGCGAUAAAGAGAAGCAGGACAGGCCACUAGCACUACUUGCUGCACGAAUGCACCUGAACCUCGGCCUCGGGAAAUGUGCCUUCCAAUUGUACAGCCAUACCAAGUGCAAGGAAAUGCUGGUGCAUACAUUGUCGCCCUAUGUUCUGUCCCGGAUCUCACUGACACAUCCAUUUGGUGCUAAAGGUUAUCAAGGAUUCUCGGCGGAAGAAGAACUUGACAAAGCUGUUGGCACUAUGGAGAGAAUGGAACGUAAGAUUGAUGAUACUUUAUAUGCUGAUUUGCAAUCGCUUCCUUGGGACCAAGCUAUGGAACUUCUGGGUAUGAAGCGGAAAUUCAAAUCGAGCUUGACAAAGCACAUAUGCAACGUCGAGCGCCGCCGCAUAUCACGAUUAAAGGGCGAGCCAAUUGAUAAUUUGCCGGUUGUUGACCCGGGUAGCUAUCGACACAUAUCCGACAACGUGGAUAGGUCAGUAUUCCCUAACUACGAGCACUCUUGUUCUCCUGGCCCACUUCCAUACAUCAUGCCCAAUACGAUCCCUAAUAUCAACUGGCUAUGUGAAAGCCUUGAUACCUGGGAUGCGAGCAGUAGACUCCUCUAUAGAGAGACACAAACGCGGGAACUUCAGGGUGCAUGGAUACGCUCGGCUGCCACACCUCAGAGUCAUAUCAAAGAAACUAAACACAACAUGACACCUGCGGAAUCUACAGCUCACGGAAUCUGGGACUAUAUCAACUCUAUCGUUGAGAUGAUGCUGUUGGAAGAUUCCCCCCGACUUGCGUCCCCAGAGCCGCUCUCUUCCAUAAUAAAAGUACUACCGGAAGAAAUACAUGCGAUGCGAAUCGCAAUGGAAAAACUAUGUAUGCCCGGCGCUACCAACUUGAAACUCGAAGACGAGCCUACUAUGUUCCACGAGAACAUGCUCAUCUCUUGCUACACCAAGUUCGAAGUCCUUCGUGCGCUCAUCAAGCUGGUCGAGCACAUACGCGAGAAAGUCGUCAACUCAAAGACUCAUAACAUGAAGGCCAAGUUGACGAAAGACUGGGUCAAUGACAUAGAGAGCAAGACAAAGAUCUGCUUCGAGGCGAUACGCGAUGUCGCGCAGAGCUAUAUCAAGCUUAUCGAGACGAAAGGCCAAGCUGCAAUCAAGGCGCAGAUACGGUGGGGCAAGACGGGCGGGAUUUUGAAAGAAGUGUUAAGUGACGACGAUGUCGACUUCUACGCCGCCGAGUACGUUGACAGUGCUCUGCAAGCUUGGAAAGGCGAACACUCAGAAGUCUCGCGUCCGGAGCGAGUGGACUCCCUCGCAAAAUCUAAAGACCAACAGCACAUGGUGAUGAGCCUACCAAACAUCUCAAUCAGUAACCCGGAUGGCGAUAAGAUAAGUCAGUUGGCAGAAUCUGGAGAAUCUGCUCAGAGAGCUCGGCAUGAGGGCCUAAGGUAUUCAAUCGACAUGACUGGAGGAAGCUAUAAAUAUGCAGGAUUAGGGCUGACGAGGAAACUCCCUGGUAGUGUCGCACGCGCACGAGCUCAAGCAGAGCGUCGACUACAAGAGAGCAAGAUACAGCAGACCGAUACCACUCCGCCCACAAGCUUCACACCUAAAUAUACCGGAGACUCACUGGCUACGAUGGAGAAGACUGUCCGAGAUCGCCACAAUGGGCCUGCUACAUCCGCGCUUAACAACCAGUCUUUCACUUCCGCCUACUCCAGUAGUGACAAAGGAACAGUCCCAAAUACCAUGGCUUUCUCUGACGAUGAGAACGAGGUACCAAAAUCCGACAGCAAGUGGCGCUGUUGCAAGUGUCACCGCGGUCACGAGAUUCACAGCUUCGCUCAAGGCCAACAUCCAGUCAGCGUCUUGAGCUGCGAAUGCACACAUCGGUCUUGUUCGAAGUGCAAGCUAGAAGGCCUGGUCAAGCAAUUCGUACCGAUGAGCGAGCCGGAGUUAAUCCCGUUGUCCGAGGAUGACAGUAAAGCUAUACGGUUCGGUGUAUUCUGCGAAGGCUGUGGUUUAUCCUGGCGCGCAGAGAAAGCCCAGGAGAAGGUAAAAAAGACGACAGUUUACAAGUCGGCACUGCUACGUGUGGCUGCAAUUCCUAGGCGACUAGCGAUACGCGGUGGUGCACACCCUCUGGAGCGCCUCCGCCCUAGUCGGUCGAUGAACAACCUUAACGAUCAUGCAGAGAGGGAGCCUUCUGAUGUAUCGAUCGCCUCUUCCAGAUCCGUCACCAGUCUCCUCAGCUUCGGAUCUCUCUCUCGCGAGAUGAAGAAAGAAUAUGGAGAGCAGGCCGAAUCUGUUUCUGUCAAGUUUACCGGUAUCAAGUGUACCUGCGGCAUGACUACUGAAGCUUCUUCUCUCUGUUUCCAGAUCGUGGACCCGCCGAAAGACUUUCGCGAGGUUCAGUGUGCAAAGCAAGUGGUUGCGCCCAAUGUGGCUGGGUUUGGCAGUACACCGGAAGAUAGGGCGAGAGGACAUGGUACGCCGACCUUGACUUUGAAGGGAGGGCGCCACCCGAAUCCCCUCAGGAGCAACCCUGUGGACUUCCACUCUCUUCAUCAGCCUUUUUCCUACACCACCCUGGCUCGAGCAGCUACUCUUCCGACAAAGUCCGAGGUUUCUAUUGCUAAAGAUCGACUACAGCAGCUGACCGGUCACCUCAUGAGGAGCCAUACAACCUGGUCUAAGAUCGUCGAGAAGUUCGUAGGCAAGGACGAGAAAACCGGUAGCGAACCUACCAAGGCGAACAUGCCCGAAGAAGCAACAAAGGAGCCUGCUGCUGAUAUGAUCAAAUCUCCCGGUAUGACGACUAUUGAUAAGGUGGUUGAAGACAAAAAGAAUCAACUUCCGCCUUGGCCAUCACCAGUACCAACACCACACAAAGAUUUUGUGCACUCUAAUCCUCCGGAACCACCUGAAUACCGCAAAUUUACUGUGUUUACAGCUGGCAGCAUAGAGAUGGGUGAUGCAGUCAACUGGCAACCCUUGAUGGCAACCAUGCUUAAUCACUUGCCUAUCACUGUGUGCAAUCCUCGAAAAGGUUCCUGGGAUCAAAGCAUUAAGCAGCAAGCCAAGGACGAACUCUUCAAACAACAAGUUGUAUGGGAGCUAGGUGCGCUAGAACAAGCAGAUGUCAUCUGUUUCUUCUUCGAUACCGAGACCAAGAGCCCAGUGUCCCUGCUUGAGCUAGGUGUCUGGGCUGCGUCCGAUAAGGUUGUCGUUUGCUGCGGCGAUGCAUACUGGAAAUCAGGAAACGUCCACCUCACAUGUGAGAGAUACGGUGUCCCAUGUGUCAAAAACUUCACAGAAUUGGUACCCUUGGUUGAGGAGAUGCUCAAGAAGAAGGGCAUGGAGCUUGACAACAAGGGCGACUUGAUCGGAGAAAACGUGCACGUACCCAAAGAAAAGCCGAAGAAGAAAACACAGCUCGAGGCAGAGAAAGCUGAGUUGCAGAAGCAAGUGGAUGAUCUGCUAGCUAAGCUGGCGGCACAGCCUAAGAUGUGA